AUGAUGAGCCCGGACUCCACGGCGGGCAUCGAGGUGCUGCUCGACCGCAGGGUGAUCGCCACACUGGAUAGCGACGCCGUCGUCGGCCAGGACGUGAUGUUUGGGCUCAGCUCGAGGCACACGUUCACAGCGAGGAUCCCGGUGCAGCACGCCAAGGGCCUCUGGGUGAUCCCCCGCUCCGCGCUCGAGCGGUCUCUUGCCAAGGAUAGACGCGGCCAGCUCUGGCGGGGUGUUCGGCGUGGCGGUGCGCGCGAGGGACAGGCAGGCGCUGAGCAGGCGCGCCGGGCGACGGUCGCCCUGCUGCUGGGCCACCUGUCGCACCCCGCGGCGCACGUCCGCCUGAGACUGUGGCCGAGCACCUCGCACGAGUUCCGGCAGGCCCUCCUGGAGGCCGUCGAGGUGGAGCUGCACCCGGCUGGGGCCCAGAUCUGUGCCGAGGGCGAGGACCAGACCAGCUGCUUCUGCGUGCACCGCGGCGAGGCGGUCGUCAAGGACCGCCGGCGGCGCGGAGGGCAGACGGCGCGGCGGCGGCGACGUGGCGCACCUCGUGGACGCCCCCAGGCUGUGCGCCUGGAGCGCCUGGUGGGGCGUGGCGGAGAUGCUGGGCGUGUGCGCGCGCAGACCGGCGGCGGUCGAGGCCAAGACCGACUGCGUCGUGUGGAGCCUGGCCCGGGAGAGCGGGCCGAGGAGCUGCGCCAGCGCUUCCCGAGGGAGCUGAAGCUGCUGGACAUGGUCGCCACCGAGCACCUCAAGCUGCUGCAGCCCUGGGCGCCGCCGGUCACGGAGGCGCCGAUCUUCCGAGGCUGCGACGCGGACUUCCUGAGGGAGCUCUCGGCCGCGAUGCGGUCGCAGGUGUGCCCCGCGGGCUGCGUGCUGGCGAGGGAGGGCGACCGCGGGAGCAGGGUCUUCUGCCUCGCGCGGGGCUGGGCGGCCGUCCACUCGCGGCGGGCGCGGCACAGCGGCGUCCUGGCGGCUGCCAGCUUCCCGAGCGACGGCGCGCAGGACAAGGCCGAGGCCGAGGACGCCGAGCCCCUGGCGCGCCUCGGCGCCGGCGCCUGGUUCGGCGAGCUGGCCGCCCUCGGCUUCGUCGACCGGCGGGCCGCCACGGUGACGGCCGUGAGCGCCUGCGACGUGCGGGUGCUGCCGCUGCUGGCGCUCUGCGGCCUCCUGCACCGGCGCCGCGACCAGACGGGCCCCUGGCUCGCCCUCGCCGAGCAGCACGGCCACACGCUCCCGCCCCCGCCCGCCCUCGAGACGCUGCGUGUCCUGAAGGGCCUGUCGCCGGAGUUCCUGGGCCAGCUGGACUCGCUCAUGGCGCACCAGGUCGCGUUCCGAGGCCAGCCCCUGUUGCUGCAGAGGCAGGCCGCCGAGGACGUGUUCGUGCUCACCACGGGCAGCGUCUCCCUGGAGGUCGACGGCGAGCCCGUGGCGAAGGUCAGCGCGCCCCUGCUGCUGGGGGAGAGAUGGGCGUCGUGCUGCCCUCGUUCAAGAGCCCGGUGA